AUGGGUGUGAUUCAUUCUUCUGAUACUUGGUGCAUAACUGCACCUCCUGCAGUUGAUGAAGCAUCCAUUAUAAGUGGUAGUAACAUACAUCAUAUUUGUGUGUGUGUGUGUGUGUCUCUCUCUCUCUCUCUCUCUCUCUCUCUCUCUCUCUCUCUCUCUCUCUCUCUCUCUCUCUCUCUCUCUCUCUCUCUCUCUCUCUCUCUCUCUCUCUCUCUCUCUCUCUCUCUCUCUCUCUCUCUCUCUCUCUCUCUCUCAAAACUUCUACUGAAGCUCCUCUGUUUGAAAUUAGGUUUAUUUGGUGUGCAGUGCUCUGUUGCUGUAUACUCAAAAGGGACUGUAUUUGUUGAGCUAAACUUACAACUGUGGCUUGUAAUUUUUCACAAUGUUCAUUACUUUCUGAUUAAUCCUAUUUUUAAACACAUUCUUCUUUUCUUUCUUAAACUCAUUCUCUUUUUAUUUCUUAAACUCAUUCUCUUUUUUUUUCUUAAACCAUUCUCUUUUUUCUUUUUUUUAUCCCUUAUUGUUUUUAUUUAUUCCCAUUUCUCUGAAUUAUUUUUAUUUACUUUUUCUGAUACUUACUUAUUUUUAUCCUCUUAUUACUUUUUAAUCUCUUUUCCCCUUUCUUUCUUUUUUUUACAUUUAUUUCUCUAUCUCAGUGCUUUCAUCUCUUUCUCCAUAUCCCUUUUCUUAUCCUUCCUUUCUUUAUCUUUCAUUGCCAGCCAACCAUUUCUUUCUCUAUCACUUUUCUUACUCUGUUUUUCUUCACUUCUCUUUUACUGUCUUUCUUUAGAAUCAUUUUCUUUCUUUGUUUAUUAUACUAUUCUCAAACAUUUCUCCUUUCUGUAUUUCUUUUUUCUUCCAUAUUUCUUUAUUUAUUUAUUUACCUUUUCUUUAUUUUUACUUAUUAUUUGUUUUCAUUUCUUUCCGCAUAUCUUUCUUACUUCGUUAAUUCUUUGUAAUACUUUUCCAAAUUUCAUCCUUUUUUAUAUUUUUCCAUCUCUUUCUUUCUUUUUAUUAAUUUUCCUUCUUUUUCCUUUUAUCCAUUUUUAUAUUUUCCCAUCUUUUUCUUUCUUCAAAUGA